GCUGAAAACCUAGGAUCCGAGGUGCCCUGCUCCAGCCCUAGCCCCUACCCCUGGGUCUCUGAGCCCAGGGAAUCCCAGGGAGCCUGUAGUUGAGGGUCCAGAAAACUCACCCCAGUCCCCUACACCAAUCCCCUGCUUCAAGCUAGGAGGCACACCCACCGGGCAGUUUCCAGGAAAGGACUGGAACUCUUUAAACCCUGAGAGCCCUUCCUGCGCUGCAGGGGCCCCAGACUGGGUGGAGCAGCCACACCUGCCUGUAGCUUCGGGGAAGGGGGCGUGAACAACAGCCAGCGCCGCCCUCGGUAUGCUCUGCGGGCCCUGCGGUCUGCCGAUCUCUGUGGGUCCCACAGCUUCCUCACUUCCCUAAAUGGGCAACUGCACUUUGAGAAGGCCAGGUCCUUCCCUGGCAGACCUAAGUGGCACAUCCUGCAUUGGCCUGGGCCCUUAACACUGGAUUCGAGGUGUCCCGGCCCCCUGCUGGCCUGUGACUGUCCCCAACUGGAUGGAGCCAUGGCUCCCACCUUCCUGCUGUUGCUGCUGGGGCUGCUGUGGUUCCAGCGCCCUGUCUCAGACCUUGCUCACCAGCAGUGUCUCCCCAGGUGUCCCUGCUGAGAACGUGUACACUAAAGUCCAGCACUUUGAAGGGGAGACUCUGUCUGUGCAGUGCUCCUACAAGAGCCGCAAAAACCACAUGGAGGGCAAGGUAUGGUGCAAAAUCAGGAGGAAGCGGUGUGAGCCUGGAUUCGCCCGGGGCUGGGUACAGGGGACGCGCUACCAGCUGCAGGACGAUCCCAAGGCCAAGGUGGUCAAGAUCACCAUGGCGGCCCUCAGGCGCCAGGACUCCGGCAGGUACUGGUGCAUGCGCAACAGCUCAGGAACCCUGUACCCCCUGACGGGUUUCCUGCUGGAAGUGUCUCCAGCCUCCACAACCAGGAGAAGCACUCCUCUUAGACAGCUGGCCAAUAUCCUCAGGAGCAGAAUUGUUGUCACAUCGGGCCCAGCCCCCACCUCAGGCUCUGAUGCCCCUUUCACCACCAGCAUGACAGUUUUCACACCUGGCCUCCUCACCUUGACCAGUCUCGUGCCCCCGACUGCCUCAGAGUCCAUCAGACUGACCUCCAUGACAGGCUUCAGCUUCACCAGCCCUGGCCCUUCUACCAUGGGGCCCAGGAGGACCGUGGAAUCCCAGACAGUGACUGUGUCUCCAAGUGAUGCCAGAGCCUCCUCUGCUGCCCCAGCAUCCAUCUCCACCAGGGCUGGGCAUCUGCACACCAGAUCACCCACCACAGGAAUGUGCCACACCGGCGGGUCUCUCCUCAACAAAUUAUCCCCUGUCAGGCACCAGGAUUCGUAUUCCAUUGUGCUCCCUGGGUUGCUGAUCUUUCUCCCAGUGUCUCUGAUGUUGAUCGCGGUCUAUGGGCUCUGGAAGAAGAGACACAGGGGAAGCUACAGGGUGUGCAACAAUCCUGCUAGACCCUGGAGGGACCCACUUGGAAGACUGGAGCCUCCAUGGAAGCCUGCUUGGUCUGAGGCAACUUAACUAUGGAUUGCGUGAGCUCCUCCUGGAGGGGCCUUUGGAGGCCAGAGGAGGAUGAAGACGGGGGCCUGUUUGAACUGGAACCCAGCUGAGGGCUGAGGACUUGCUCAAGGCUGGACUCAGGCCUCUCCAGAACCAGAGGCUGCUCUUGACCCACUCAGUCCUCUUGGGCUGCCAGGGGCCUGGGACAGCCCCCAGAUUGGGGGUACCAGUCAGGAAACCCCAGGGGAAGCCACCGAGGGGAAUCAGCUCAGAGCCGCAGAGCCCUGGGUCCCCUCUGGGUGGUGGGGAAGACUUGACGAUGCUGUACACAGAGAGUUCUGGUCCUGUGGGCCUCAGAACCCCUUGCUAUGGAGCAGAGGGGAGCAGACAGGUGAACAGCUGCCCUCUCCCCAUCUGGAACCCUGUGUCCUCAGCUUUCCUCUGCUCCCCUCAAGCUUCCCCAUGUGCUUGGGGAAGAAAGAGUCCCAGAGGCAAUCAGUGUCUCAAGGGUCCUGCCAUGGAGGGGAAGGAACAGCGACCAAGAGCUGGAGGUCCACAGGGGUGUUGGCAGUAGGGGACCCCAGCGCAGUCCAAGUCCCCCAUCCCCAGAGUCCUGUGACCUCUGAUGGGCCUCUGGAUGUGUCCUGCCCUGACUGCAGCUGCUUGUCACUCAAGUCCUGGGAACCAGCAGAGCCCACCCUCCCACUGGUGCUACCCACUGGCCAGCUCUCCAGGGAAAGCUGUGACCAGGCUGCCCAGAGCUGCAUGGUGUCAGGACCAGCCUGUCCCCAGACUGGUGUGUAGAGGCUAAACUCAGGGCCCUCUCCCCCAGUUCCCAGCUCCAGGUCUGAGCUCCACAGGAGACUGAGAGCCCUCCAGAGUCCACUGCAGGGGAGGCCACGGUUCAGAGAAGUAGUAGAUCAUCUGCCUUCCCCUGGGACUCAUCAUCGCCUGGGAAGAGAGGAGCUGCUUGUGACCCAGCAAGGACAGCUUGGAGCAGAGCACAGCCUGGAGGAACACCUGGGUGGGGUAGGGCUAGGGAGGAUGGUGCUGAGGAGCCUCGAUGGGGGCCCAAUGGCCCUAGGAGUCUGGCCUCAGCUUUACUGGCUCCUGGCUCAGACUUGGCCUCUUCCACAGUGAGGGCUGGAGAAUAUGGGCUGGCUUUGUCCCGUGGAACAGGGGCUCUACCAGCCCGAGCACCUGGAAUAAGCCCCCAGGGAUUGAUGU